GGGUGAACCUGUUGAGGCUUCCCUCCUCAUCUUUCUCAUUAAUCUCAUUGCAUUUCGAGCUGCAAGUUGCUGCUGACGACUCCUGCAGACUUCACAACAGCUGGCAGUCCUGACAGAAUGUCUCACAACAUGGCCAAGAUCGCGGAUGCUCGAAAGACGGUGGAGCAAUUAAAGCUGGAGGUCAACAUAGAGAGGAUGAUGGUAUCCAAAGCAGCUGCCGACCUGAUGGCCUAUUGUGAAGCUCAUGCCAAAGACGAUCCUCUGGUGGCCCCUGUACCCUCCUCAGAGAACCCCUUCAGAGAAAAGAAGUUAUUCUGUGAGAUACUUUAAACUCUGUGUCAUGUGUUGUCUGUGUGUUUUGUUCCUGUAGCUCGCUCAUAUGUUGAAGAUGAUGGUACGGCAAUAAAUACUUUUUUCCUGCAAAAUGAGUACAAAGUUCAUUGAAAUUGGAGAACCGACCAGGUGCUUUAAGUGUGUUGACAUGAGUUUAUACAUUAACUCAAUACUGAUUGUCUUGCUCUUUCCUAACCAACACUCUGGCUCAUUGUUGUCAUAUUUAGACAGGUGUUGACACAACAAGAGUACAUGAUUAAUUAUGAUUAUUAUGUUUGUAUAAAAAAAGCAUGUAGUUCUUAAGUUCCUAUAGUGUGCUUUACAGGGGCAUAUUUGCAAUAUAUACAGAGAUUGAUAUGCUAUGCUAUAAUGUAUUAUCAACCACUUAAAGUCUUCAAUUUAUUUAUUUUACCCAUUGACAAACUUCAAUAUUUUUAGUUUUCUCGCAAAAGAUUAGUUAUUUACUGGACUAGUAUUUUAAUAUGAUAUACAUUAUAUAGGCCCUGUGAGGAGGUGGCGACUUGUCCAGGGUGUACCCCGCCUUGCGCCCAGAGGCAGCUGAGAUAAGCUGCAGCACCUGCCUCGACGACCCCUAAAGGGACAAGUGGUAGAAUAAUGGAUGGAUGGAUGGAUACAUGAUAUAAAAUAGGUAGUUUAACAAAACAAUAUUGUAGUAUUUUUAGUACAGCUUUUUAAAUGUAUGCGUUAAUUAGGUGACCAUAUAAAUUAUAGGUUAUGAGCAUGCAUUCUGAAAACUGAACACCGUAGCUGUGUGUUCUAAUGUGGUCUACUUCCAUUUCGAAUAAUUUUAAUAUAGGUAAUUUAUGCAUUGUGUCUUGGACAUUUAAUGAAUUUUAAGUGUUUACACACAAGGCCCUUUAUGACUUAUACUUUCCAGCAUAUGCAUUGUUAUCAAUGAACAGUUUACGAGUGAUGUUUUUGUUAAUAUAUGUUGCUGUUUCUAUGUGAAUAUAUGUUGCUUUAUAAACUGUUAUUUACUGCUUUUUAGGUGUUGUAUGUUUUUCCCAGGUAAAUUAGACUU